UUCUUGAAAUUCUUUGGAUCACUGGGGACUACGCAGUCUUUAUUUAUAAGCCAAGGAAGCAACUUUAAAGCAGAGUUAAAAUAGCUAACAAUGGCAAAGAAAUAUUUGAUCGUGGCUUUCACACUGUUGGUAUUAUCUUUGGAGAUCCACAUUGGUGCUUCAAGUGCUCCCGUGAUUACUAUCGUAUCGACUAAACCUGCUAAAGAAGGACAGUCUGUUACAAUUGAAUGCCACGCCAAAGGAUACCCGAUAGCCAAUGUAUCGUGGUACAGAAACAAUGUGAAAUUGCAAGGGCAAAACAUGGUGGUCAAUAAGUUCCUGAACCUCUCUAUGGCCCGACACAUUUUCACAGCCCAGUCAGAUUCGGGUGGACCAUACGAGUGCCGUGCCAUUAAUGGCAUGCCAGACAAAAAUGGCACCGUGAUUAUCAAGGCUACUUUAAACUUGGUUAUUGAAGGUGUCUCAACAACAACAUCAUCAACAACAGCAGCACCCACAAAACCCACAACCUCAUCAUCAUCAUCAUCUACAACCACAAAAUCAUCAACAACAGCAGCAUCCACAAAAUCCGCAACCUCAUCAUCAUCUACAACCACAAAAUCAUCAACAACAGCAGCAUCCACAAAACCCGCAACCUCAUCAUCAACAUCAACUACUAUUAAACCCACACGACCAAUAACUCAUUCUCCCUCUAGUACACCUUCAUUAAAGACAAACAACCCUAAAUUAACGCCAAGCUCGACUGGUUUCAAGACUGAUUGUCCUUGGAUCUUCUUGGCCGUGAUUUCCCUAUUAGUUUGUUGUUUACAGGCAUGACAUCAUCAAAAAGACGUCAUAGGACGUGUAGUGCUGCAGGCUGCCUUUUGUCACGUGACACCGAAUAAAACAUAUCCAAAUAAGUGCCGCAGAAUUUACGCAAAACUGCCUACGUACGUGUGCGUGUGUAUGCAUGCGGUACUAGUUUAGGUACUUUAGUAAACGUUAUAGUAUGCUGGUAAAGAAAACAUUCAUGUUUUAGAUCACGUUGAUUGUAUACUUCAAAUCAGUAGUUUUUAAUAGGGUAUGUAGUGUAUCAGUAAUACGUUGUAAAGAUUAAUUGCUAAUGCUCUUUCACGAUGUAGGUCAGAAGCAUUAUCCAGUUGUGCACAAAGCUUUCACUUUAUUUAUCAACUCACUAACUUUGCAACAUAAAUAGACAAAUCCACUUCAAGGUUUGAACUCACAUGAUGAGACGACGCCAUUAUGAGAAAGUAAACAACAUGAAUAAGAACUUUCACAGGAAUAAAUAACCGGUAAAUAAUAAUAAUAAUAAAAAAAUUAAACAUCAAUACACACAAAUAAAAUAUUGGAUUUUAAUGAUA